AAGUAACAAUGGCAAAUAUGUACCAUGUUCGCUCAAAUAGUUUCUCUUCUACUUCUCAUCCCAGCUCCAUCAGAAUAGAGGAGGAGCUAAGUAAAAUGAGGACAUGGGAAGCCACAUCCACGUCCACUUCUGAGUCAAUUGGCACUGGCUUAUCCUUGCUUGAAGAUGUGUUCAUUUGCUUGGAAGAUUUUCUCAACAUGGCAUCAACUCAAAAAGUGAUUUCGAACCAUCAAGGUGAGAAAUGCAUGGAAGAGCUGUUGGAUUGUUUGGUGAGAGUUUUAGAUAUCUGUGGCAUUAUAAGGAACACCAUGUUACAAGUUAAGGAAAAUGUUCAAGCCCUUCAUUCUGCUCUCAGGAGGAGAAAGGGAGAUUCAAGCAUUGAAAAAAGUGUGGCUGAGUACAAUUUAUUCACAAGAAAGAUGAAGAAAAGUGCCAAGAAGUUGAUCUCAUCUUUAAAGCAGAUGAAAAGUAAAUCUAGAGCAUCCCCAGUGUUGAAUCAAGAUCAAGACCCUGAUGCUCUGAUGAGAGUUCUUAGGGAGGUCAUUACAAAGAACAUGUCCAUCUUUCAAACCAUUUUGUCUUACUUGGCUGUGCCAGCUUCAAAAGCAAAGCCAACUAAAUGGUUGAUGGUGGCAAACUUGAUGCACAAAAGGGUAAUAUCAUGUGAAGAAAAAUCCCAGAAUUUCAACGAGUUGCAGUUUGUGGAAGGAUCUUUAGGCACCCUUGUAAGUGAAUGUACUGAUGUUUUGAAGGUGCAGGCUUUGCGUGAGGGAUUAGGGGGUUUGGAGAAUGCCAUUGAAAGCAUAGAAAAUGGUUUGGAGAGAAUGUUUAGACGCUUAGUUAGAACAAGAGCCAACCUUUUGAACAUAAUGACUCCAUAG